CUGCGACUCAAGACUCGAUCGGAUCGCGAUUUUUGUCCACACGUCUUCACCCUCUAAAUUUAUCCACAUAUUGUGUCUUCUGGAGUUUUUUCCUUAAAGUCAUAAGACGGGAAAGGAGAGAAAAUCUAUAACUGUGCCAGUGAUUUUUCGUUUAAUUUUCCUGCUUGUGAAAAAAAGUCCAAGAUCAUAUAGAGAAGAUCAAAGAAGCCUUUUUUUCUUUUCGACCAUUGAAGAUCGGGGUGGCAGAAAAACCGAAGGCAAUCCGUGGAAACCUUCAGUGUCAAGAUAAUUCAAUGGAUUAUUAAUUUCACUCUGUGAUCAUCAGCAAAUCUUGUGGCCAUCACAUUUCUACUCACCUUCCUCAAUUCAGGAGAGAAAUUUCACGCAAUUUAGUGCUGAGAGAGAAAAAAAAAACGACGCAGAAUUAUUGCCGAAGAAGACUCUUUUGAAUAAUUUUAUUCAUUUUGUGUGAUUUUAACAGAUUAAUUCAGGGGGAGCAAUAAAAUGGUUGUUGUCCAGGAAAUGGGAUACAUAGAUCGAAUUAUUCACUUCUUUGUGGUGAAUCAAGAUCCUCGCACCAAAGAUUGGUUUCUGUCAGGCUCCAUUGGGCCCCUCUUCACAAUACUGGUCACAUACCUGUACUUCUGCAUCUAUGCAGGGCCGCGAUUCAUGAAGGAUCGCAAGCCGCUGCAGCUGAAGAACACACUCAUCGUCUACAAUGCCAUCCAAGUGCUGCUCAGUGUUUGGCUGGUCUGGGAGGGCCUGGAGGGUGGCUGGCGGACGGAGUACAACUUCCGGUGUCAGCCGGUCGACUACGGCCGCGGUCCCUCGGCGAUGAGGAUGGCGCGAGCUGUAUGGACGUACUACAUGUGCAAGCUGGUGGAGCUGCUGGACACCGUCUUCUUCGUGUUGCGCAAGAAGCAGAACCAAAUCUCCUUCCUGCACCUCUACCAUCACACCCUCAUGCCAGUGUGCGCCUUCAUUGGGCUCAAGUACUUCGCUGGAGGACACGGAACCCUGUUGGGGCUCAUAAACUCCUUCAUCCAUGUGAUAAUGUACCUCUACUACAUGCUGGCGGCCAUGGGGCCAGAGGUCCAGAAACAUCUGUGGUGGAAGAGAUACCUGACAACACUGCAAAUUGUUCAAUUCCUCAUUGUCUUCAUCCACACCAUCCAAGUGCAGUUCCAGCCCAGUUGCAACUUCCCCAAGAGCAUUGCGGCGCUGCUGUCACUGAACGCCGGCCUCUUCACCUACAUGUUCGGCUCGUUCUACGUGAAGAGCUACAGCAGGAAUCGCGCCAAGGACGCCAAGGAGAAGAAGCAGGAGCUCAACCACAACGACGUGAGCAAGUGCUCGCUGGAGGUGAACGGGAAGGCGCAGCUGCAGGAGGACUACUACCCAACGCCGGCCUCGCCCAUCUUCGAGAAGCUCAAGAGAAAUGGUCACAUACCGGACAUGAAGAAGAAGGCCUAGCGCGUCUGUCUGCGACCUUAGCUUGUGUGUGUCUUAAGGAUAUUUGUAGUUUAACGGCAAACGAUGAUUUUAAGAAACCAUAUUCUCACCACUGCGAGAUAUUAAAGGAG